AUCGCUGGCCAGACCAAACCUUCGCACGUUGUUUGACCUACCUUCAAUUUCAGCGCAUUAUUGGAAAGACCCAGAGACGUUCAAUCCGUCGAUAUUUCUGGAUAAUUGGCCCAGGGAGGCGUUUAUGUCAUUCAGUCAGGGUGCGCGUGCAUGCAUGGGUCGGAAGCAUGUUCUCCAGUCGUUCAAUGAUAGACCACUAAUGAGCAUGUGUAGAUUUUUUGAAACUGAGGGUAUCGCUGUACUCACAAUGCUCAUCUCGAAAUACAAAAUAACCAUCAGAGAAAAGCCUGGGGAAACUUUCGAAGAAACAAAGUACAGAGUUUUGAAAACGAGAAUCGGUAUUACUUUGACACCUGUUCACACGCCACUUGUGUUUACAAGACGAUAGUGAGGACCACAAACUUCUUGCUUGUAAUUUUGCUAGUUGACUUGUAGCUUACAUUCGUACCACCGACGGGACCACAAUGUAUUGCGUGAAAAAUUAGAGGUUUUUCACCAAAUUAGUUUUUCACGGUAAUUUUCCAAUAAGUUACCAGGCUGGGAGUAGGGGUUUGGCACAUGGAUAGGUUAUUUACCAAAUUCAGAGCUCGACUUCAGGCAACACAGAGAAGGAAAAAUGACGGGUAGUCUGGAGUGCAGGAAAAGAUAGUCUGAGGCUUCUGGCUGAGAUAGAUGAAGCAAACAUAAAAGAUGCACAAUUGUACUCACCAUGGUGCCGUGAAGCGGCGAGAAAAAAAUAUUCGAUUUUACCAUGUGACUUGGUAAUUUACCGUAAUAUAUUAUAUACAGAUACGAGUUCCACGAGUAUAUAAUAAAGACGGCUUGCCAGGCUAAUAUACUUGGUAAAUUACCACCCCCUUUCUUGGUAACU